GGUCAAAAACCGACAGUCCUCUCGUGUUUAUCGGGUCAGGUGCCCAAGGAAGGCUUCCAAGGUUUGUCACUCCCCACUAUCAGUGCCUUUCAACGGAUAGAAAAGAGGGACAGAUCCAUGUGAUGAGCUUCUUUAUUCCGCAAAGGAUUUCAGCAAUCAACUUAUAAUACUGGGACAGAGUGGAAAGCAUGUCUUUUUUUACCAUCCAUGUCAUUUUCUGCAGGGGAGAACUGAAGAAGCCAACACAAUUAGUGUCCCUUGAGGAGCUUCUCAAGGGAGCUCCGAUUGACUGAACCCUUUUGGGACCAUAACCAUCAUCAGAGUGCUUUUUAUUCAGUCACUCACUUCCAACUGGUUUUCUCUUUCAGUCUCUAAAAUGUCAAGCAAUAUGAGGUGGCGAAGACAGUUUUCCGGAACUUGUCACUAUCAGUGCCUUUGACAGAAUGGAAAAGAGGGGCAAAUCCCUGGGAUGAGAUUUUGUGCCAAGGGAUUUCAACAUUCAACAUGAAACAUUGGGCCAGACUGGAAAGGAUAGCUUUUUUGACCAGCCAUGUCAUUUCUCUGGAAGCUUGCAGCCGAGAAGUGAGAUCUAGGAAAGCUUCUUCUUUGCAGGGAAUUGUUAGGCCACCCAUGGGAUGAUUGAAGCCGAAUUCUUCCUCAGCUCAGUCGAGCAAGUCCAGAAAUGACGGAUGGUUCAGGUAUGAAAUAGGAACAACAAAUCUGGUCUUCUGGAAUUCCCCAACAUAAACUGCAAUAUGCCCUUUUGGCACAUCUGUCAAGUUUCUUGCAAAGCGAGACUGCAGCUUGACUGCUUGCUUGGCGUUAAGAAUCAUGGAUGGCAAACGGAUACCCAUAUCUUGACUCUGAAGUGAAACUGCAAAAAUGAAUCAAGUGGGUAUGCUGUCAAUGGAUAUGACAAUCUGGCCUUCUGAGGGGAUCCAUCUCCUCAGAGAUUUACAUGGCUUUGCCAACUAUUUCAACAACUCAUUUCUCUCUCUCAUCAACCAAUUCCCAUGCUCAUUGCGGUGCAGCUAGGGCCUUUUUACUUUCUUGAAGUCACUCUCAAAACAGAAACACUUGAUGGAUAUUAUUGGUGGUGUCUUAUCAGACGAAGCAACAUAUUCAUGUGGUUUGCUACUACCCACAUUCAGAUUAGGUACCCGUACCAUGAUUGCCGCAACUUUUCUUGAUUUCCUAUUUUCUAUGUAAUUGGUUAAGAUUUUAACGAUUCUAGGGUAGGAUGAUGGAUAUAAUAAACAGAAACUUCAGCCAUUUUCUUGAGAAGAUAAUGCCUAGACAUAUGAUAAACAGAUUAAUUAGUU